GAGCUGGUGAAAGUUAAACACUCAGCUCAUCCUGAACGCAAAAGCUCGGAGAGCAGUUGGAGCUCCACGCUGAUCUCCUGCCAUGAUUAAUCUCAGCUAGACCUUCAGCCCAGGAUCCUGCACUCGUCUUUUUCUCCUCGUUCUUCUUUUCUCCAGACUGAGGAGUAACACAGACUGCUGCAGGGAGGUCUGAUCUGGAUCGUCCCUGAGCUCCGUUUCACUCUGUAAAGUGGUCUAUCAGAGGGGCAGGAUGUGGUGCCUGAGGCUGCUGAUUUUGGGCUUUUGGUUGGCUCUUGUGGUGCUCAGCGCGAAUGAAGAUGCCAAACCAGAGCAGAAGGAAGUGAGCAGGUCCAAACGAAGAGGAAACACAGGACAGCUCAGCCUCAAGAGCCCGAAUGUUUGUGGGACACGGCAACACUCGUACUGCUGUCCUGGCUGGAAAACACUCACUGGAGGAAAUCAGUGUAUCGUCCCAAUCUGCCGCAGUUCCUGUGGUGAUGGAUUUUGUUCCAGACCAAACAUGUGCACCUGCCCAAAUGGACAGAUCUCUUCAUCCUGUGGCUCCAAAUCAGUUCAAAACUGUAAUAUUCGGUGUAUAAAUGGUGGAACUUGUGCUGAAGAUCAGUGUCUGUGUCAGAAAGGAUACACUGGAGCUCACUGCGGCCAGCCCGUGUGUGAGUCAGGAUGUUUGAAUGGAGGAAGGUGUGUUGCCCCGAACCGCUGUGUGUGUACGUAUGGAUUUACUGGAGCUCAGUGUGAACGAGAUUACCGGACAGGACCAUGUUUUGCAACAGUGAGUAAUCAGAUGUGUCAGGGGCAGAUAACAGGAAUAGUCUGCACUAAAACACUGUGUUGUGCGACGGUGGGUCGAGCCUGGGGUCAUCCAUGUGAACAAUGUCCUGCUCAACCUCAACCCUGUCGCAGGGGCUUCAUCCCUAACCACCGCACCGGGGCCUGCCAGGAUGUAGAUGAGUGCCAGGCCAUUCCUGGUCUGUGUCAGGGAGGAAAAUGCAUUAACACAGUGGGUUCCUUUGAGUGUAAAUGCCCAGCAGGACACCGAUUCAACGAGAUCAGCCAGAAGUGUGAAGAUGUAGAUGAGUGUUCCACCAUCCCCGGGUUGUGCAGUGGAGGAGAAUGUGCUAAUACCAUCGGUAGCUAUGUCUGUAAAUGUCCUGUGGGAUACGACACGGCUCUGGAUGGAUCACGGUGCAUCGAUGCUCAUGCCGGAUUUUGCUUUGACAGUAUAUUAAAUAACCGCUGUGCCAACCAGAAUCCCCAGCGCAUGACCAAGAAUCAGUGCUGUUGUUCACUGGGCCGCUGCUGGGCAAGAAACACUGUCCCAGAGAUCUGCCCCCUUCCUGGAACAGAGGAGCACAAGAUAUUGUGUCAGCAGGUCCAGCCUCUUGGUCCUGGUCCAAUUGGCCCGUAUGUUCCUGGUGGUCCUGGCACUGGCCCGUUUGUUCCUGGCGGUCCUGGCACUGGCCUGUAUGUUCCUAGUGGACCUGGUACAGGCCCCUAUGUUCCAUAUGUUCCAUUUGUACAUCAUCCACAGGUUCCUAUUCAACCUCCUGAGCAACCUGGACUAGCUGUUGUGCCACAAUUACGUGAGGUUCCAGGCUUGAACAUCAGUAACAUGUGUGAAAUUGUGAGAAACCUGUGUGUGAACGGUCGCUGCAUUCCAGUACCUGGGAGUUACCGCUGUGAGUGUAACAUGGGCUUCCGUCUUGACAGCCGUGGGGAGUGUAUUGAUGAUGACGAGUGUAAUCGUAAUCCAUGUGUACAUGGCCAGUGCAUAAACAUUCCCGGUUCCUACUACUGUCAGUGUCCUGCUGGAUUCCAGACCACUGCUACCAGGACUGAGUGUAGAGAUCUGGAUGAAUGUGUAGCUAACGGACGAAUCUGCAAUAACGGACGCUGUGUAAAUACGGAGGGGAGCUUUCAUUGUGUGUGUAACGCCGGCUUUGAACUCACCCCUGAUGGGAAGAACUGCCACGAUCUGGACGAGUGUAAAAUCAGGAACAUCUGUUUGAACGGGAUGUGCAUCAAUGAUGAUGGAAGCUUCAAGUGUAUCUGUAAAGUUGGGUUCCUGUUGGAUGGCACAGGACGCUACUGCAUCGAUGUUGAUGAGUGUGAGACUCCUGGAAUGUGUUUAAAUGGACGAUGUGUGAACACUGACGGCUCCUUCAGGUGUGAGUGUAUGCCAGGACUCGCUGUAGGCCUCGAUGGACGCACAUGUGUGGACACACACAUGCGCAGUACGUGUUAUGGAGGUUAUAAGCGAGGUCAGUGUGUGCAUCCGUUCUUCGGUGCUCUGACAAAAUCUGAGUGUUGCUGUGCGAGUACAAAUUACGCUUUUGGGGAACCGUGUCAACCCUGUCCACCUCUGACUUCAGCUGAAUUUGCUGCUCUGUGUCCUAGUGGAAUCGGCACCACCACUGAUGGCAGAGAUAUUAAUGAAUGUGCAUUGGAUCCUGAUAUCUGCCCAAACGGAGAGUGUGAGAACAUGCUCCGUACCUACAAGUGUAACUGUAAUCUGGGCUUUGAGGUGGAUCUGACAGGGAAAGUCUGCAUAGAUGUUGAUGAGUGUGUAAGGAACAGGUUGCUGUGUGAUAACGGAUUCUGCAGGAACACUCCGGGCAGUUAUAUGUGCCAGUGCCCCAAAGGUUUUGAAUUCAAGCCUGAAACUGAAGUUUGUGAGGAUAUUGACGAAUGUCUGUCCAACCCCUGUGUGAAUGGAGACUGUAAGAACACUCAGGGAAGCUUCGCCUGUGAAUGUGGCACAGGCAGCAGUCUGGACUCCACUGGGACACAGUGUGUUGAGACCAGUAAAAGUACAUGCUGGUUGAAGGUGGUGAACAAUAAGUGUGAGAUUAACAUUAAUGGAGCAACACUAAAAUCUGAAUGCUGUGCUACACUUGGAGCUGCGUGGGGGUCACCAUGUAAAGUGUGUGACACAGAUACACAUUGCCCUAAAGGACAUGUGCGAACUAAAGGAACAGAUUGUAAAGAUGUCAACGAGUGUGAGGUGUUUCCGGGUUUGUGUAUUAAUGGGAAGUGUGUGAACACGGUCGGCUCCUUCUUCUGUCAGUGUCCCAGUGGAAUGACCAUUGAUGCAUCCGGGAGAGUCUGCAUUGAUCUGCGUACAGAGUACUGUUACCUGUCCCAUGUGGAUGAGCGAUGUGGAACUUCGAUCCCGGGUCGUCACCGUGUGGAUGCGUGUUGUUGUUCAGUGGGCGUAGCCUGGGGACCCGAGUGUGACGAAUGUCCUGAAAAAGGUUCAGCUGAUUAUAACCGUCUCUGUCCCCGGGGCCCGGGCUUCUCUCACCGUGGGGACUUCAUCAACGGAAAACCCUUCCUCAAAGAUAUAAACGAGUGUAAGAUGAUCCACAACCUCUGCACUAAUGGAAAGUGUCGGAACACCAUCGGUAGUUUCCGCUGCAAGUGUAACAGUGGCUUUGACCUCGAUGCGGAUGAGAGGAACUGCACAGAUAUCGAUGAGUGUCGUAUCUCUCCGGAUGUGUGUGGUUACGGGACAUGUGUGAACACGGCAGGAGAUUUCGAGUGCGAAUGUUAUCCUGGAUAUGAAAGUGGAUUUAUGAUGAUGAAGAAUUGUAUGGAUAUUGAUGAAUGUGAGAGAAACCCGCUGCUAUGCCGUGGAGGUGAUUGUAUAAACACUGAGGGAAGUUUCCACUGUGUCUGUCCUCCAGGACAUGAAGUUUCUACUGAUGGAACCUCCUGCCUCGACAUCAAUGAGUGUGAGCUGAGUGAUAAACUGUGCAGAAAUGGUCAGUGUGUGAACAUGAUCGGACGUUACCAAUGUUCCUGCAACACCGGCUACAAAUCCACAGAGGACCGACUGUCCUGUAUUGACAUUGAUGAGUGCACUAUCCUGAAUGGUGGCUGUGAGACAACCUGCACCAACUCAGAUGGUAGCUAUGAGUGCAGCUGUCACCGUGGAUACGCCCUGAUGCCUGACCAACGCAGCUGCACCGACAUUGAUGAAUGUGAGGAGAGUCCAGAUAUCUGUGAUGGAGGUCAGUGCACCAACAUUCCAGGAGAGUUCCAGUGUCUCUGCUAUGAUGGUUACAUGUCCUCUGAAGAUAUGAAGAACUGUCUGGAUGUGGACGAGUGUGAGCUAAACCCUAAUAUCUGUCUGAAUGGGAAGUGUGAGAACACCAAAGGAUCUUUCAUCUGCCACUGUGAACUCGGCUACUCUGUCAGGAAGGGAACAACUGGCUGUACAGAUGUUAACGAGUGUGAAAUCGGAGCUCAUAAUUGUGCCAGACAUGCCAUUUGCACCAACACAGCUGGAAGCUUUAAAUGCAGCUGUGGACCAGGAUGGAUUGGGAACGGGAUUGUAUGUACAGAUCUGGAUGAGUGCUCAAACGGUACACACCAGUGCAGUCCAAAUGCAGAGUGUAUGAACACCAUGGGGUCAUACCGCUGCAUGUGUAGGGAGGGAUUUGCUGGAGACGGUUUCUACUGCACAGAUUCUGAUGAGUGUGCGGAGAAUGUGAAUCUGUGUGAGAAUGGUCACUGCCUGAACGUUGCCGGUGGUUACCGCUGCGACUGUGACAUGGGCUUCAUCACAACAGCUGAUGGACAAGCAUGUGAAGACAUUGAUGAGUGUACGUUUGCUGAUAUCUGUGUGAAUGGGCGCUGUCAAAAUAUUCCGGGUUUGUUCAGAUGUGUGUGUCAUGUUGGCUAUGAGCUGGACCGCAGCGGAGGAAACUGUACAGAUAUAAAUGAAUGUGCAGACCCCAACACAUGUAUCAGCGGGAUUUGUGUCAAUACUCCAGGUAGCUACAUCUGUAACUGCCCCCCUGACUUCCAGCUUAACCCCACAGGAGUGGGCUGUGUGGACACACGUUCUGGAAAUUGCUAUCUUGAGGUUCGUUCCCGUGGCGAUGCUUCAGAAAGCUUGGACUGUUCAAAUGAGAUUGGCGUGGGGGUGUCCAAAGCCUCCUGCUGCUGCUCGUUAGGACAGGGGUGGGGCAAUCCAUGUGAGCCCUGUCCAGGACUUAACUCCUCUUUGUAUAAAAGUCUGUGUCCUGGUGGAGAUGGUUUCAGAUUUAACCCAAUUACAGUCAUACUGGAGGAUAUUAAUGAAUGUCAGGAGCUACCUGGUCUGUGUCAGGGUGGAACCUGCAUCAACACCUUCGGGAGUUUCUUCUGCGAGUGUCUCAAAGGCUUUGCUCUCAAUGAGGAAACUCGAGUGUGUGAAGAUGUUAAUGAAUGUGAGAAGCCUGGAAUCUGUGGUCCAGGUCAGUGUUACAACACUAUCGGAAACUACACCUGCAUCUGUCCUCCAGAUUACAUGCAGGUUAAUGGAGGAAACAAUUGCAUGGACAUGCGGCGCAGUUUGUGUUACAGGAAUUAUUACAUGGAGAAUUCUACGUGUGAUGGUGAACUCACCUUCAACAUGACAAAGAAAAUGUGCUGCUGCUCCUAUAACAUCGGCCGAGCCUGGAACAAACCAUGUGAACGCUGUCCUACACCCAGCACCAAUGAGUUUGCAAUUCUGUGUGGCAGUGAGAGGCCGGGGUACCAAAUCGAUAUCUACACUGGACAAGUGAUUGAUAUUGAUGAGUGCCAUGAAAUCCCAGGAGUGUGUGAGAAUGGAGUGUGUAUCAACCUCAUCGGCAGUUUCCGCUGUGAAUGUCCAAUGGGCUUUGUCUACAACGACAAACUACUCGUCUGUGAAGAUAUUGACGAGUGUCAGAAUGGACCUGUGUGUCAGCAGAAUGCCAGGUGUUUAAAUCUUGCAGGAAGUUACCGCUGCGAGUGUGAACAAGGAUACAAACUCACACACACUGGACUCUGUCUGGAUCGUAAUGAGUGUACAGAGAACCCUAAUAUGUGUAGUCCAGGUCAGUGUAUUGAUUUAGUGGGAGGAUAUCGAUGUCUCUGCCCCAAUGGCUACAAGGCCACUACUGCCCCUGCCAUGUGCAUAGACGUGGAUGAGUGUGAAAGACAGCCAUGUGGUAACGGAACGUGUAAGAACAACAUUGGCUCCUACACAUGCCUCUGCUAUCCUGGGUUCCAACUGUCACACAAUGAUGACUGCAUUGACAUUGAUGAGUGUACCAUACAGGGAGGAAUUUGUCGCAAUGGGAACUGUUUCAACACCGUAGGCUCCUUCACAUGUGUGUGUCGUGAUGGUUAUGAACUUUCUCCAGAUGGCCGAGUGUGUGUAGAUAUCAAUGAGUGUGAUAUAAAUCCUGGGACUUGUAGUCCAGGAACCUGCCAAAAUCUGGAUGGAUCCUACAGGUGUAUCUGCCCUCUUGGAUACUACCUCCUUGAUGAGAAAUGCAUAGAUAUUGAUGAAUGUGCUCAGACUCCAGAUAUCUGCAUCUUUGGACAAUGCCAAAAUUCAGCAGGAAGCUUCAAGUGCAUCUGCCCUGAUGGCUUCCAGCUGUCCUCAUCUGGGAGGAGGUGUGUGGAUAAACGAGUGAGUUUCUGCUACACUAAGUUUGAGAACGGUCGUUGUUCUGCUCCGAAGCCUCUCAACACCACUAAAGGAGAAUGCUGCUGCAGUGCCAUGCCUGGGCAGGGAUGGGGGGAUCCCUGUGACCUCUGUCCCAAUAGAACCUCCGGUGACUUCAGCCUGUUGUGUUACAGUACAGGACAGCCGUAUGGGACAGACGAUGGCCCUGAGGACACAGACGAGUGUAAAGACCCGAACAUCUGCCACAACGCGCAGUGUAUAAACACUGACGGCUCCUUCCGCUGUGACUGUCACAUCGGAUACACUCUGGACUCAUCCGGUGCAAACUGCACAGAUAUAGACGAGUGCAGUGUGGGGAACCCUUGUGGUAACGGUACCUGCUCUAAUGUCAUUGGAGGAUUUGAGUGUGUGUGUGAGGAGGGAUUCGAACCUGGACCCAUGAUGACAUGCGAAGAUGUGAAUGAGUGUUCCCAGAAUCCUUUGCUGUGCGCCUUCCGCUGCAUGAACACAUACGGCUCGUAUGAGUGUAAAUGUCCUGCAGGAUACGUUCUACGAGAAGAUCAGAGGAUGUGCAGAGACCAGGAUGAGUGUGCAGAAGGGCUGGAUGACUGCAGGUCCAAAGGAAUGACCUGUAAGAACCUAAUAGGAACCUACAUGUGUAUCUGUCCUGAGGGAUACACCAGAAAACCAUCAGGAGAGGCGUGUAUAGAUCUGAAUGAGUGCACUGUGAAGCCUCGUGUGUGUGAGAAUGGACGCUGUGAGAACACGUUGGGAAGCUACAGGUGCAGGUGUGACCAGGGGUUCACGCCCAGCUCCACACUGACGGAGUGUAUCGAUAAUCGUCAGGGUUUCUGUUUCACUGAGGUUCUGCAGACGUUGUGUCAGAUGGGUUCCUCUAACCGAGUGAGUGUGACCAAAUCCGAGUGCUGCUGUGACGGAGGUCGCGGCUGGGGGUCAGACUGUGAGAUCUGUCCACUUCCUGGAACAACACAGUACAAGAAAAUGUGUCCACUUGGUCCUGGCUACACCACAGAUCGACAGGAUAUUGAUGAGUGUAAGGUGAUGGGGAACCUGUGUAAGAAUGGCCGCUGUGUGAACACACUGGGGUCCUACAAGUGCGUCUGUAAUCCUGGGUACACCACCGACAUCACCAGCACCAUCUGCAUUGAUGUGGAUGAAUGUGCUCAGGCUCCUAAACCAUGCAACUUCAUCUGUAAGAACAUUGAGGGAGGAUACGUGUGCUCCUGUCCCCGGGGUUACAUUCUGCAGGAGGACCGCAAGAGCUGCAAAGAUCUGGAUGAAUGCUCCACUAAACAACACAACUGUCAGUUUUUGUGUGUGAACACCAUCGGGGGAUUCACCUGCAAGUGUCCACCAGGCUUCACGCAACAUCACACAGCCUGCAUCGAUAAUAAUGAGUGUACGUCAGAGCCCAGUCUUUGUGGUCCUAAUGGAGCAUGUCAGAACAGCCCCGGGAGCUUCAGCUGCGAGUGUCAGAGGGGAUUCUCACUCGAUCAGGGAGGACUGCGCUGUGAAGAUGUUGAUGAGUGUGAUGGAGAUCAUCGGUGUAAUCAUGGCUGCCAGAACCUGAUUGGUGGAUUCAGGUGUGGUUGUCCUCACGGUUACCUGCAGCACUACCAGUGGAACCAGUGUGUCGAUGAGAACGAGUGUCAGAGUGGGCAGGUGUGUGGCAGCGCGUCGUGUCACAACACCUUGGGGAGUUUCCGAUGUGUGUGUCCAAGUGGCUUCAUGUUCACUCAGACCAGCGGAGUGUGUGAGGACGUGAACGAGUGCUCCUCUUCACAGAACCCCUGCAACUAUGGCUGCUCCAACACCGAAGGGGGAUUCGUGUGUGUGUGCCCAGCUGGAUACUACAGAGCAGGACAGGGGCACUGUGUAUCAGGAGUGGGAUUUAGCAGCAGUACCCCACCUGCAGGAGACGAUGAGAACGCUCUCUCACCUGAAGCAUGUUACGAGUGUAAGAUCAAUGGAUAUCCAAAGAAAGGACGGAAACGACGCAGUACCAACACAUCUCAGGUCGAUCAGGAAGUGAUUACUUCUGCCAGCCUGGAUGUUGAUGAUGUCAUACAAUUUAACCUGAGCAUCUGCAAGCUAAGUGCUAAAGAUCACAUUAUGGAGUUCCUCCCGGCUCUCUCCACCCUCAAAAACCAUGUGCAUUAUGCUAUCAACUUCGGGAAUGAUGUGGGCCUGUUCAAACUCAACCAGAGGGAUGGAGUGAGCUUCCUGCACUUGUCGAAAAACAAACACCACCACCUCCUGCCUGGAGUUUAUUCUUUACAAAUCAGUGGCGUUCCUGUAUAUGGGAAGAAGGAGCUGGAGGCACUAGAGGAUGAGAACGAUAAAGACUACCUCAGUGGAGAACUGGGAGAAACACUACACAUUAAACUUCAGAUCCACUUGCAUUAGCUUCAUACCAAAGAGGACUUGUAUUUCCUACAGAAAGAUCUCACAGCAGUGGUUCACCGUCUCUCAGAAAUAUCCCUAACAAUAAUAACAGUACAUAUCUACGCUCAAUAGAACUGAAAGCUGCAGUAAAGUGUUUCUUCUGAUCCAGCUCUCGGUCUGGACUCUGCCCUUGUCCACUUCCCCAUCCAGUGUGUGCACUCGCAGCAAUGAAGAAGUUCUCUGAAAUUCAAGUUACCUUCUCAACCUGUACAGACUUGCUAACCUUCUCCUCUGAUUAUAAGCUAAUAGAAUAAACAAGCUCAACAAGCUGAACAGCUAGCCAGCAUGGCAACAUAGGGUCUCUACUCAAAUUUGGUGAUUACUAAGCUACAUUAGCUAAUAAAAAAUGAUAAGCAGCUAGCAUGCUAACUAGCUAGUAAAAUGAACCUAGCUAACUAGCUUGCUUGUUGUUCAUAGCAAAUACCCAUUAAUUUAAUUUGCUAACAGAGAAAAAUGGGCCGGCUUGCUGAUUAGCUAGUGUGCUUAUCUGCGAGGAAUGUGUAUACCGCAGUGUUUUGUACUGAUAGAUGAACAUACAAAACCAAACCUCAUUCAACCUUUUCUCGACCUUUUCCCUCAGCCACUAUUUUAGAAUAAAAAUAGGUAAAAUGGGGAUUAGAUGGAGAGAAAGUGGACAGGGGCAGAAGAUGAAGCUACGAUGGAGUAAAUAGUGUUUGAGAAGGAGACUGGACAGAAAUAUAUAUUUUUUUUACCACUUUAAAUAGUAAAAACCGUUUAACGUUGCCUUUCAGUCUAAAGUAAAUGUCCACAGUUUCCUUUUUUUCCGUUUUUACGCUAAACAUACAUCUAUGAUGCUUCCUCUGGAGCUGGGAGGUGAGUGCAGCUAACACUAACACAAACACAUACUAACCCUACAUUCACCAGUGACAGGAGAUGGAUGGUGAUCAUCUCCAUGUGGGCGUGACACAGAGCUGGAACUCCAGUACAAAUCACAAAUUCCAGAUGAAUCUCAUGGUCCUUCAGUUCUUCACUCACAACCUUAUGCUGCAAUUGAAACACUUCCAGCCAGGAACUGAUAACAUCCUCCUCACACAUAAACACACCUGUCACACACGAGAUGGCGGCAUUCAGUCACCACAUCUCCCUUCACACUGUGAAGUGUCUCAACUCAAAAGCCCAGUAGAUAGCGUCAGAGAGUUCAGAGCUGUAAUUCAUCAGAUGUUCCAUCAAAGGAACCUCUUUUACCUAAAUAUCUACCAAGCCCAUGAGAUAUGGAAUUCUGGAGUUUAGUGUUACCUCAGAAUGAAGGUGAGCGUAGGUUAACACUCCUGAUGGAUAAACUGGAACAGAUCAUUAGUGUCUCUGAAUCAUGAAGCCCUCCAUGUAAAAUGACUUUCACAUUAGUGCACUUUUAAUAAUAAACUGAUUAGUAAUUGGAAUCUGAAUCGAUGCUGGCCAGGCCACGCCCACAGUGUUACAUGUGAGUGCAGGGUUAUGGAGCCUCCAGAGAUGUUGGUUAAAGGAGAAGACUGUGCAUGUUUAUUUUCAGCUGAACUGUUCCUGUGUUUGGUUUCCACUGUGGUUCUAAAGGAUUCUGCUUCUAUCAUAUCUGCGCUGUCUAUUGUAGCUCAGUGUUUUAAUCGUAUUUACUGGUGCUAAUAACACAUCAACAUAAGAGUUAAAACAACCUGCAAACUGUCCUUUCACUACUCCACAGUAUGAGUGUGUACGACUGUAAUCACACCACCAUUGACCCAGGGAGCUUCUCUAAACACACCUAUAGUGCCCUGGACUGGAGGACUCACAAUGGUGCUUAUUAUAAAGACCAACUACUUUUUAUUCUCAUUUUGUGUAACUGUAAAUUUCACGAGAGAGACACACACUACUGCACUGAGGCCUCUCAGGCCAUAAACACACCACAUAUAAUCAGUGCCUUCACCAAGACACCAGCAGCAUUGUGUUCACAUCUGUGAGGAGUUUAGGUGUAACUUCACAAUAAAAGAAUGUUUUGGUUGUAA